AUGGAGAGAGAGCCAGCGUUCGAGAUGGUGGUGCUGGGCAGUGGGGGAGGGCCACUAGAGACGGACUGCUCGGGAUACCUGCUCAAGCCGUACCGCGCGACAUGGGAGGAUGGUUUCGUUGCCCUCGAGGGAGGGUCCGGCAUAGGGGCAUUGGUCAACCUCCUGGCAUACAAAGACUCCUCGGACCUCUUUCCUACGCUCCGCUUCCCAGAUACCCACAACACCCCCAUCCUCAAGGCAGCAUAUGUCUUUUCUCAUCUAUCAUGCUAUCUUCUAACUCAUGCUCAUCUGGACCAUUCCCUAUCACUCAUCAUGUUGACCGGAUCACUUCCGCCAAGAUUUGCAAGCGGGCCAGACCUCUCGAGUUUACCUCACGCGAUGGCGCCGACAGAUCUGAGGUCUACCGCUGGACCCUCGGCGCCGCGGCCGCCAGUCUACGGCACGCGGGAAACGCUGGAAAGGCUCGCGUCGGCGUAUCAGGGAGGACUAUGGCCAGAGCUCGCUAGCUGGGCGGGAGAAGCAUCCCAGAGCGGAGCCGUACCUGACAUCUCCAAAGCCACCGGCGUGGUCUUCACUCCGUAA